AAAAAAAACAAGCUGACAUUGAAUGAAGUGUGAAAAAACUUAAUUCGCUCUGUUGUUUUGUUUUUGCUUCUCUUCUUGUUCUUAAUCCUCAUCUUUCGUCCACCUCUACCUCCCUCUCCCAGUCCCCAAUGUUAUACCCUGACCAGUGUUGCAUCACCAUCGUCGUUCCAUUCCUCACCCCACUCUGCCAGACCCCAUAUCCUGACACUCGCCUUCUGCUCUCGGACAAGUAAACCCCAACCUCCGAGAACAGCAGCACUCCUCCACCUACCAUUACCUCUUACCCUUCCUUUUAAUCCCCUAUUUGAGUCCAGUCAGCCAAGAUGGAUGUCUUUUCCUUUGACCAUGACGACCAUCCCAAACUCAGGGAGCGCGCCCUUUCCGUUGACUCUGUCCAAGGCCUCGAUGUGCCUCAGGAGGCACUUCCCAACCUCCGAGUGAAUUCAAACAAAAACACCAGCGCUGGACUGACACUCACCAACAAUGGCGCGCCCUGUCCUGUCUUUGCACCCCGCCCCAUCGCUCCAGCAUUCGCUAUAGCAGCCGGGAAAGCAAGUGCGACUGCAGCACUGACCACUGCUGAAGGAUUGACGGCCGCCAUCUGUCCGUCCCCUUAUCCAAGCCUCGGAUUGUAUCAGGCCAAUAACAAUUCGUCUAGCAAGCACCUGCCGGCGUUUUUCCACCAGGUGGAUCGAGAGCAGGCCAUGACGCCAGAGUCGACCUUUCUCACAAGUCGAUCGCAGCAGGCCAACGGUGCUCCUGCCACCUCUAAUGUCGGUAAUGACCACCGCAGCCCGGGCUCUACAGGCACGAGCGCUCAGUGCAGCGACAACGAGACAGAGCAGGUCGAGUACGAGGUUAAGAUUGAUCAAGAUUUUGAUGCGCAUGCUCCUCAGACGACCGACAGUCGAGGCCAGUCGCCUCGUCCAGGACAGCUGUCGGCGGGUCGUUUGGCAAAUGGGCAGCCGGGAGGCAGGUCUGCGAAUGUGUCUCCUCUUGCAGGACCCCGCCGACCAAAGCACAAGAUGACGCCAGAUGAUUUCAAGUUCCUGAAAGUCAUUGGGCGUGGAGCGUAUGGCAAGGUGUAUCUAGUUCGACACAUCUGCACCAAUGCGCUGUAUGCGAUGAAGGUCCUCAAGAAGGCAUCCAUUAUCGUCCAUGCCAAGGACACGGAGUGCACUAUGUCCGAGCGCAAAAUCCUCGAGGCCAUUCGGCACCCGUUUAUCGUCAAGCUACACUACGCUUUCCAGACUGAUCAUCGCUUGUACCUGAUCCUGGAGUACGCUAGCGGAGGAGAGCUCUUCACGCAUCUUGCCACAGAGCGCAUGUUCUCUGAAGAAAUUACUGCAUUCUACGCGGCGCAGCUCGUGCUUGCCCUAGAGCACCUGCACUCGCUCGGUAUCAUCUACAGGGACCUCAAACCCGAGAACAUCAUGCUGAAUGCGCAUGGGGACAUUGUUCUCACGGACUUUGGUCUGUCCAAAGUCCCGCUCGAGAACUCGGAUGGUCGCACGAACACUGUCUGUGGAACGAUUGAGUACAUGGCACCAGAAGUGAUUUCGGAGAGGGCUCAGUACGACCGCACAGUCGACUGGUGGUCGCUGGGCAUUGUGAUCCACGACAUGCUGACAGGAUCGCCGCCAUUUGUGGCCAACAAUCGCAAGAAGACCAUGGAUGCGAUUCUGAACAAGAAGCUGAACCUGCCCUACUAUCUGUCCUCGGAUGCGAAGGAUCUGUUGACAAAGCUGCUGAAGCGCACGCCUUCGGCCAGGUUGGGAAAUGGACCCAAGGGAAUUGAGAACAUCAAGAACCACCGAUUCUUCCGCAAGAUCAACUGGAAGCUCUUGGCUCUGCGCGAACUCGAGCCACCUAUUGUUCCUUUUCUGUCGGAUCCCGAGAGUGUUGAGAACUUUAAUUCGGAGUUCACGUUGAUGCCUGUUCAGGAGUCACCGAUCUUUACCUAUAGCUCUGUGCACAUCAAUGGCGAGGCCGAGGAUGGUACCGCUAUCCCGGGAUCUGGCCAUCAUACCCCGUCUCGCUACCUGACCGCGCCAUCCUCGGCAUCAUCGGCAGGCUUUGUUGCGGCCCUGAACGGUCACGACAAUCGCCAUGUAGGAGGCAUUCCUAUGGCCAAGACUCGAUCCAGCUCACCUGACCAUCAUCAUUUCCAGGACUUCAGUUACAUCUCCACCUCGCAUCUCCCGUCGCUCGGAUAUUUGGAUGACCAUUGACUCUGCAUGGUUAGCCAUGAGAGGACCACAUCGGGAGUACAAUGGAGGCAUCAGAUAUCAGUCAUAUCGAUGCAUAUCGAUUUACGACAGGAUCAUGAGAAUAAAUA